AUGGGACAUCAAUUUUCUAAAAAUUAUCAGAAUUAUAGUAAUCAAAUAUAUAAUGAAGAUGAUAUAAGUGUUGCCCAAAAUUGUCAGUCAGAGGAAGAUUCUCGAUUACAAGGUUUGAUACCAAUUACAUCACCUCCGGAUAGUUUUCCUUACCAAUACCCUUCUCAAUUAUAUUUGACUCCGCAAACUUCAUACGAAAUCGAUGAAGAAAUUAAUAAGGAAGAAGAACCUCUUCAUCAUCAUAAUCAUAAUCAUAAUCAUAAUCAUAGUCAUAAUCAUAAUCAUCUUUUCGAACAACAAUCCACUCAAUCAGAGUCACAAUCAAUACAUUUUAAACAUAGACUGGAAUCAACUUUGCAAAACUUUAAUGACUAUCAUAGCUCAAAUUCAACUCUCGAUAAUGAAGAAGAAUAUAACCGACUUCGGCUUCAUCAAUUACAGCAUCAACCAUUAACAAAACAAGAUGAUCCAUUUAACUCAUUCUCACCUUUAUUGUCAUUACCUUUGGAAAUUUUAUAUAAUAUUAUCGAAUAUGUUUAUAUUGAAAAUGAUAUUGCAUCAAUCAAUUCAAAUUUAGAAAAAUUUGCAAAUAAAAUUCCUUUAUUAUCCAAAAAAUUUCAUCAAUUAUCUUUAUGUUUUAUGUAUAAAUAUACCAUUUUUAAUCGACCUCAUUCAUUUGAUAAGUUUUUAAAUAAUCUUAAAAUCAAUCCUAUAAUUGGUAAAUACGUUGAAUUUAUGGAUUUCCAGCAGUUUACCUCCAUAGGUUUAGGCAGAACAGGUAGAAUGAAUCAAGAAAUUCAAAUGGUCACAUCAAGAACUAUCUUUGAAGCAUUAUGUUUAACACCAAAUUUAAUUGAGUUUUUGGCAUCAGAAAAUAUUCAAGAUGAUUUAGAUGUGAAUGUUUUAAAUUAUUUAUUUAAUAAUUUAAAUAAUUUAAAAGCUUUAGAUUUAUGUGGUGCCAGUAGUGAAUCUUUUGCAUUUGCCUUUGAAAAUCUUGAAAUUAUGAUACCACAAUUAUCAAUAACAAAAUUAUCUUUACAUGAUUGCUCAAAUUUAUCUCAAGAAGUACUAUUAAAAAUUAUCACUAAAUUAUUUAACACAAAAAGAUUGGAUUUAAAUCACACAUCUAUUAAUUCUUCAAUUUUAUUAAAAUUACCAAUCUCAUGUAAGAUUACUCAUUUGUCAUUAGCCAGAUGCUCAAAAUUAACAACAAAAGAUUUAAUAAAUUUUUUGGUAAAUCAUCCUUCGGUAAAUCAAGGCUCGUUGGAAUGGUUAAAUUUACAAAUUGAUUCAAAUGUUGUUAGCCCCUUAACUGAUGUAUAUUUGUUGUACACCUUGAGACAUUUAAAUGCUCCAAAUUUAAAAUAUUUGAAUAUAGGCGGUAUGCCAAUAAAUUACAAAAUCUUACUAACAAUCAAAAAUAAAUUUCUAAAUUUGAUUAGUUUAAAUAUAAGUCAUGCAAGAAAUAUUAGCUUAGAAGAAUUGAAUGAUUUUAUGAAUGAGAACUCAAACAUUAAAUUUUUAGAUUUAAGUGGUAUUAAAUGUUUAAGUAAAAACUUGGUGUCAUUUUUGAAAAAAAAUUUCAAUUCAAAUUUGGAAGCUAUUGAGUUCGAUUAUAAAAAUUUAUAUGAUUAUACAUCAAAAGGUGAUUAUUUGACAGUACAACCGAUAAUAUCUUCAUCAGCUACGUUGAACGUCUACGAUUCAAAACAUCAUCAACAACCGCAGUAUUGGAAAUUUUAUGAUAAUGAAGGCAGAAGGGCCUGGAUCUAUAAAACUGAUGAAGAUUUACUGAAAAAGAAGAAAAAUUUGUCAAAUUUAACAUUUUAUGACUUAGAAACUGGUAAUAAAAUUGUAAACAUAAUUAGAAAACCUAAUUUUUUGAAAUAUGCAAGUAGGAAGGUAAAUUGUUCAAUUGGGUAUUACAAUUUAAAUGGAUAUAAAUCAAAAAAUUUUAAAGAAAAUUGCUGGCCCGUUGAAUUUAGUCAAAGAGGCAUAUAUAACUACUAUUCUUUAAAUGUUAAAUAACGUACUAUAUAGUUUUAUACGAUUAAUGAAUAAGUUUUAUGAAUUUUAUAAGCUAUCAAGACUGUUUGUAAUGAUUUGUUUGGCUGCAAAUUCGUUUUGUUUUUGUUUUUGUUUUGUGUUUGUUUUUUUAUAUCCGUUGGUUAAAUCAAAGAUCGCCAACCCCACAUAAAAAAAAUGUAUAUAAAUACAUAAAUGUACACUAUUAAAAUUUUCAUUGAUCAAAGUAUUCUCAAUGUCUUCCCCUGAGCUUACUGAUAUCAGGUCUCCUAUAGAUUUAAGGAAAUUGCAAUCUUUUUUGUCAACAAUCAAAGAAAGUAAAAACCCGAAAGUCACGUUUGGUCACAACUCAAGUGUUCCUAAUAAAUUUAAUUCAAUUAAACAAUUCACAUUUGGUCAAUCAAAUCCAACUUAUUAUUUAACAACAGAUGUUGGUACAUUUGUAUUACGUAGAAAACCAUCACCAAACUCAAAAUUAAUUUCAAAGUCAGCACAUGCAGUUGAAAGGGAAUUUUUCAUCCUUAAUAGUAUCAAUAUAAUAAAUGAUGAAUCCAGAGAAACGAAUCCGGUUCCGAUUCCAAAAGUUCAUUUGUUAUGUGAAGAUGAAUCAAUUAUUGGGUAUGUAUUUUAUAUAAUGGAUUAUAUUAAUGGUAUUCAAAUUAAAAAUCCAAGCUUGCCAGGUAUUUCUCAAUCUGAUGCAAGUACAUAUUACGACUCGAUCAUCAGAAUGUUUGCCUCAAUUCAUUCACUUGAUGUUGAAAAAUUAAUUAGUUUAUUACCAGAACAACAUUUUCCUCAGUUUCAAAAUAUUGAAAAAUUAAAAAAUACUUCGUAUUUUGAAAGACAAAUUAAAACUUUAACUAGUAUAAGUAAUUUGCAAAAUAAGCAUGUUAAUGAAAUCCCAAAUUUCGAUACAAUAACUAAAUGGCUUUUGAAGAAUAAACCAAAGGAUCCUACUAAAUUAACUUUAAUUCACGGUGACUUGAAAAUUGAUAACAUAUUGUUUGAUCCAAUUACAAAACAAGUUAUUGGAAUUUUAGAUUGGGAAUUAUGUACAAUUGGCAACCCACUAUUUGAUUUAUCUAAUUUUUUUCAACCAUUUGAAUUACCUUGUAAAUUAAACGAAUUAUUAUACAAGUCAAAUCCAAAUAGUAUGGGAUUAGGAAACAAAGAAUCAAAAAAAUUUUUGUUUCAACAAUUGAGAGAAUAUUCUAAAUUAAUCAAAUGGGAUAAUAAUGAUCCUAAAAACAAUCCUAUGGAUUUAUGGCCAAUUGGUCAUGUAUUUGGUUUAUUGAGAUUAUGCGUUAUUAGUCAAGGUAUUGCAAUGAGAGUCAAAUUAGGCAACGCAAGUAGUUCUAGUGCUAAAAGUUACUCGAACAUGUAUCCAUAUUUAAGUGAAUUAGCAAUGGACAAGAUUAAAGAAUGGAAAUCCCAGAAACAAGAAAGUAAAUUUUAG